GAACUCUCUGAGGUUUUGUUGUUAGCUUACAAAUAUCAGUACGGUGCCACAGAAGAUAGAAGAUGCCUAAAUGCUGGAUUCUAUUCGUGAUUGUAAUAUGCGUUAUAAAAGUAUCAAGUGCAUUUGAAACGGGAGGACUUCAGAAUGACCUUCUGCUAGUAGAAAAUUUCUUUCAAGAGCUAACUAAUAACCAUGGAUCAAUACUACCUGGUCAAGAUUCAACUGAGGCUUCUGACGAAAAAAUAGCCAAGUUUCUUCAGACUAUGCAGAGUCCGUUAGGCUGGCGCCACAGGAGACAUCUCGAUGGGCACAUGGCACGUACGAAUAAUGGGAUUGGAGUACUGAAAGGAUUUUCUGGUAUCUUUGAAGACCCAUUUCCAAACUCAUUGGCCAUAUCAAUCUUUGCUUACUAUAAUGGUAACGAGCUACAAUGGUUUGCAGUUACUCUGGACGCUUCCUUAGUAUCCCUACAUCUCUACAAUGGAAACCAAUUUGAAAAAGCUUGUUCCUAUUUACUUACCGGUGGUUCUCAUCUAAUUGCGGACUGUUCCGAGUUUGGAUGCGUUUUUGUCAUAGGCAAGAUUGACGGCAGUGUGACGAUCUUACGUUUACAACGUGAAGUUCAUACAUACAUUCUACGUCCCGUCCAAGAUCUUGAAGGGUUAGGAGAUGUUCGAUUAUCAAUUUGGCAUGGAAUGAAUCAAAUGUUUCUUGGCAUAGCUUCAAAUGCCAACGUAACAAUAUACCAGUGGCUAGGCGAGCAUUUUGAUUCGAUUCAAGUUUUGAACUAUGGUACUGGGAAACUAACACCAUUUAAGAUUGGAGGAUCAAUAUAUUUAACUAUAACUGGAGCUCAGACUACGGUAUUGAGAUUUAUCUUACAAUCAAAUGUGUUUGUUUUGACACAACGACUACCACCAGCAGAUGAUGCUGAAAGUUUUUACAUGGAAAAAGGGCAUAUGAGAGAACACUAUUUAGUUCUAUCAAAUCUGGAGUCUACAAUCAUGUAUAAAUUCAUUCACGACCACUUCGUGCCUUUUCAAAACAUUGAAAAUGCAGAUCGGAUAUCAUCUAUCACAACCAAAGAAACGGUUGUAUUAUUAGCAUUGAAGAGCGGCUUGUUAAAAAUUUACCAAUAUAAUGGUUGGAAAUUCGUUGAGCUUGGCAUAACAAUGGCAGAAAUUGAUCGAAUGUAUCCUACAUAUUUGGAUGGUGAGGUGAUAUUAAUUGUGAAACAUAAAAGUGCUGUAUGGAGCUUCAAGAAAUUAAUUUGGGUCCAACAAAGUACGUGGGAAGUUCUCAGAGAUAAAACGAAGCUGUGGUGUCUUGAAACUAUAGAGAAAGCAAAGAUACAGCCACCAGUGCGACCGAAAUUUAAUGCAGUUGUUAAAAUCCGACACGGACACAUUGGAAAACUUCAGGCAAAAAAGGUAAAAGGUAUGGAACAGCUGAUAAAUUUGUCAAAUCAGUUUGCGGAACUACGAUCUGGUUUGUUAGCAAGAAAACAGUUAUUUUCUCAACUCAUGCCAAAAAAAAACCCCAAGGUCACCACACUGUAUGCCUCUAAAGUCCUUGGACAAUGCACAUUAGAGUGUAAGAUAAAUCGUAUGAGUACUGCAGUAAAAAGUGAGCUACUAAACAACUUAGCAAAACCAAAUGCCAUUGAUCAAAUUUUGGUAUUUGAGAAUGUAAAAGCUCAGUUAACUGGCACUUUGCCGUGUCCAAAGUCCGCAGUUCUACUGAAAAGUGUUAUAGUCAAGAACCGGAUAAAUGGAAUAACAUCUGCAUCCCUCCAAAAAGAUUUAUUGAAAGUAUCCGGAGAACAAGAAAUUACAGGGCACCAUAUUUAUACCAGCCUUUCUGUGUCCAAUGCAUUGGUUCCUCUCGGUAUAUCAACGCGAUCGACUCAACAGGAAAUAUAUGCAAGUUCAAUAAAAGCUAAUAAUCUAUAUUUGGCGCAAGGUGGAAUUUUAUUGCCCUUUAAUGGUCCUCCUGUCAUGAUAAAUGACACAAAAACAGUGUCCAAAGUAAAAAUUACUGGCCCAGUUCACUUGAGAGGGAAAUUAAACGGCGAUGGAGUGAAAGACAUAAAACCAGUAACUUGGAUAGAGAAACCUUUGAUACUUUCGGGUAAUUAUUCGCUACGAAAGGUCACUGUAACAAAUCAAGCAAAGGCUUCAGAUCUGUUACUGGACAGUGAGAGAUCUUUGACUCAGAUUAGGAGUGAGGCUUUACGCCUUGACGAAAGUGUGCCAGUUCACUUGAAAUUGUCAAAACUUAGAACGACUUGGACAAAGAUUACUGCAAACAUAACUGCUGAUUGGGUUACAGCUUUAAGUGAUGAAUCGAUUAUUAAUCAUGUAAAAAAUAUCACUGGCACUAAACGCAGUCCAAAUAAUGUUAUUAUUACAAGUUCAUCUUACGAUGCUUUACCUAUUCCAGAGUUUCAGAACUCUCUUUGUGCAUUAGAGGCAACGAUCACAAACAUUGAAACAUGGUCUGUAAUAGUUGAUGAGGCUUCAGCUAAGACUUUGAAAGCAGUAAAAAUGUUUGGUGCUUCUACAUUGAAUUCAACUGUAGUGGAUACAGCUACAAUAUCAACAGCCAACAAAUUGAAUCUAGCAACGAAAAUUUUCUCAGGAACUGUUGAAGUUCACCAAGCAUUGAUUAAUGAUAUUGCUGGGAUUGAUUUCCAGAGGCUGUGGGUUGCUAUGAAUGCUUGGCGUAAUCCAGGCACUGUUAAUGGUGUCGUGAAUGCAUCAAAUUUAGAUAUUAAACAUCUGCUUGCUGCCAAAGGAUUUGUAACACCUUCAGUAACCAAUGCGAAAAAUUUCGUUUCGAAACGAAACAUAUAUUUUGAAACCUUGAAUCAGCAAAAUAUUUCUGCUUUGGCUCAGAAUAUUAUUAAGUUGGAUGAAACUGCGUUUCUAACUAACAUUGCAUUUGCUGGUGGAUUGGUAGCACGUACGGUCAAGACUUUGGUACCUCCGAUCGAUCUUUCAGGAACUCGUAACAUGGGCACAAAAAUCAUUGCAGGAAGCCUGAAAUCUGCCAAUUUAAUAUUACCCUAUUCUUUCACUUAUUCAUCUAGCAAUACACCUACAAAUCUAAUUGUAAAAGGUUCAAUCACAUUUGCAAUAGAACCAAAAAUUCAAAGUAUCAACGGUCUCACCUUGAACGAAAUUUUUGAAAAUAUUUGGUUCAUCAACAAGCCCUGCAUUCUCUCCAAUACACUAUUUGAUCUUAGGCAUGCAGUAUUCAAAGGACCCGUUCAGAUAUUGGGAUGGCUGAAUACACAAAAUUAUGGCCCUUGGAAUCAAAUCUCGAAGUGGUUGCUUAGUCGAACCAGAUCGCAGGAAAUAUAUGAAAAUGUAUAUGUAAAAAAGGCAAAGAUCCCGAAUAUUAUAAGUACAAAAGCUUCAUCACUCUUGGCAUCCAAAUCUUUUUUAGCUGACCUAGUUGAACACUCAUUAAAAAAAGACAGUAGUCAAACUAUCUCAAAUGCUAUGCAUUUUCAGACAUUAAUAGUAUUAGAUGAUUUAAAAACUCGAGGUAAAAUUAAUGGGAAAGAUUUGUCAAUUGACAUUGUACGUUUUGACGUCAAGGAGAACAUAAUUACUGGAAAGAAAACUGUACUGUCAUUGCAUGCUAAAAACUUUAACGGUGGUUUGAAUUUUGGUAACUGGCAGACAAAUACCCUGAGUGUAGUGAACAAUGGAAAACCGAUUAUUGUUAGGGGAAUAAAAACCUUUGCAAAUAUCAAGCUACUGAAGCCGUUACGAGUGGAUGGAAUGGUGAAUGGGUGCACAAUGGAGAAGUACCUCCUGAAAUCAAUCUCCCAGCAAGUAGGUGGGAUGAAAAAAAUUCAUGGGACCGUAAUUACGUCAAAAAUCGUCAUCGAUGGUCUAGUAAAUGAUGUCAAUUUGGCAUCUCUGGUUGAGCAUCAGUUGAAAAAAAAUAAGCAAGUUCAAAUCAUAAAGUCUCAGAUCAUAAUGAGGGGUGAUGUCGCGAUAAUAGGAGAUGCUGCAGUAAAUAGACUGUUCCAUGGGGUGGAACUUAGAAACUUGGAUCAACUUACUUUGGAUUUAGAAUUAGUCAGUGCCAGAAUGGUGGAACUUAGUUAUGUCGCAAAACAAAUACAUAUAUCAUUAUCACGACGAGCUUGGUAUUGUGAUAAAUUGGAACUGAUUAGAUUAAACUCUACGGCUUUGACCUCAGUCUCCUCCAUAUUUCAUGCGGUACUUUUCGAGGGUUUAGGAAACUGUUUGUUCAAAAUUGGAGUACUAACAUGCGAUGGAGAAACAGUUCAACUUCUUACCUUUCCUCCAAACUCAAGUAGAGUAUUAUUCAACCAAGUUUUUCAAGUGGAGGGAAUUCCACUAGUUGUUGUUGCAACCUCAGAUCCUAAUGGCGGUGUAUGGAUCUAUACUUACGAGAAUGUGGAGAAGAAAUUUCGACAAGUUGCCGGUUUUAACCUACCUGGAGCUACGCAAGCAUCCGCUAUUGUGUCAUCAGGCUCACUCUGGCUGGCUGUGCAGUUGACUUGGGAUACGAUAAUACUACGAUAUGAUGCUUGGGGUCAAUUUGAAGAAUACACCCUACCUGGUUCAGAGUUGCUUUUAAUGGAAGUGGCUCCAACAGGGGAGACCUUAUUAUUCCAAUCUGAUGGUAUUUGGAAAUUAGGAGGACUUUCCGGGCCACGUCAAUUGAUUGCCACUCAAUUAAACGGAAAGAUUAGUACGUACAGAGAUGACAACGAUUACUAUGUGCAGUUGAUAAGAAAUAACAAUGCAAGGUUGCUGAAGACGCGUUACGUUGGUAACUGAAUGAGUUCUCAACGAAUCGUAAGUCGCAUUUAUUUAUAAUUUAUUUUUAGUGUUUAUUUAUUGAAUAUCUGUAAUUUAGUAAUUAUAUAAAAUGGUGUAACAGGUGAACAUUGUAACUUCCUGUGAAGUUAAUUAACUUAAUUAAUCAGCUCAAAUAAUGUAAAAACUUUGAUCGUG